CUCAUUUUAAAUACAGCUUAACCUUAGUUUUAGUCUACAAUGCAAAUAAAUUAACAAUAUUAAUUAAAAUAAUCCACAUUUUCUUAAACUGCUCACAUGAAAACCCCCCACCUCCUCCGGCCAAAAACUAAAUAAUUAUUUACCUAAACCUAUUAAUUAAUUAAAUUUUAAUAUUUAAUUAGUAUUUCUUAAUCCGUAUCCAUCCCAGUCCUUCCUUCCUUCCUAUAGGUUAUUAUUAUAUAUAUAAAAAAUAAUAAUAAUAUUUUCAAAUUUGGGAAAAAAAAAAAGCGAGAUUAGGAAGGAAGGCAAAGGAAAAUUCUAAUAAGAGUGAUUGUUUUGUUUGCUUCUCUUUGGGGAAAUUUCGGGACCGAAGCCACACAGGGUGCGGAGCUGAAACGGCGUCGUUUUCUCUGGGGUUACCGGCGGCGAUGGGCGAUGAUAAGACAUCGUCGAUUGUAAUGGCCAACAGAGACAGAGAGCGAGAUCGCGAGCUUCUUAUUCCCGUCGCUGACUCUCCUCACGAUGAGCCUUCUUCUAAACCCUCUUCUUCUUCAUCCUCGUCUCAUCACCCCGGUCGCGAGACUUUUAGCAAAGUCGUUAGAAGCUGGGCGUCAAAAAAGUUCAUGACAGGAUGUGUGAUCUUAUUUCCAAUAGCUAUAACUUUCUAUAUUACAUGGUGGUUUAUUCACUUUGUGGACGGUUUUUUCUCACCAAUUUAUGCUCAACUUGGAAUUGAUAUUUUUGGUCUUGGAUUUGUAACUUCCAUAACAUUCAUCUUCUUGGUUGGGGUGUUCAUGUCAUCAUGGUUGGGUGCUUCGGUCCUAAAUCUUGGGGAGUGGUUUAUCAAACGGAUGCCUUUUGUUCGUCAUAUCUACAAUGCUUCCAAGCAGAUUAGUUCUGCCAUAUCCCCAGAUCAAAAUACACAAGCUUUCAAGGAGGUUGCUAUCAUUAGACAUCCACGUAUCGGUGAAUAUGCAUUUGGAUUCAUCACUUCAUCUGUUGUUCUGCAGAAUUAUUCCGGAGAGGAGGAGCUAUGCUGUGUUUAUGUGCCGACCAACCAUUUAUACAUUGGUGAUAUAUUCCUCGUGAACGCCAACGAUGUUAUAAGGCCAAAUUUAUCAGUUAGAGAAGGAAUUGAAAUUGUCGUUUCCGGAGGCAUGUCGAUGCCCCAGAUGCUGUCAACUGUUGAUCAACAGAUUUCACCAGCUGAUAGAAGUAGUAGACCUAACAGAAGCUGAGUGAAGACGUUAGCUGUAGCAGAUAUGUUUGCUUAUAUAUCUCUUGGGUUUCUUUCAUUGAGUCCUCAGAAAGGCCUGGCAACCAAUUUGUUGUUUGUGCUAAUUUGAUUUGAUCAGAUUGUCAAAUUUUUGGUUGUUGUAAUGUAUUCUGAUGACACCUGUAACAUCGUUUGUCAUGUUAGUGUAGAAAUAUUUUCUUGGAAAUAUAGUUUUGUUGAUGAUACUGGAUUGUAAUAGGCAAUUCCAUUUCAAAAUUCUUUUGUUUAAUAUUUAUUUAUUUUUGCUGGA